AUGGUGAAACAAUGUACAUAUUGUGGUAGAGAUCAUGAAAUAAGAAAAUGUCCGGCAUACGGCAAAGUUUGCAAGAAGUGUCACAAACGUAAUCAUUUUGCUAACGUAUGUAGAUCACCUGUAAUGAAACAAACAAACAAGUUUACUAGACCUAAGUUGAAUACUGUAAUACAUGACAUUAGUGAAGAAUAUGAUACAAAUUGUAGUGAAAAUGGUCAUAAUGAGUAUGUAUUUGGUAUCCCAGAAAGUAAACUUCCCAGUAGUACAAUUAGAGUUGAUAAUGAGUUUGUCAGAUUCAUUAUAGAUACGGGUGCCUCAGUUAACAUUAUAGCAAGUGAAGUAUUUGAUAACUUUAAGAAAAAGCCUAUGCUUCCGAAAACACAUGUUAAAAUUUAUGGUUUUGGUAGUGACGAACCAUUGAAAACUAGAGGUGUUUGUAAGAUAACGUUCCAUGCAGAAAAUGAGGUAAAAUGUGAGGAUGAUGUUUACAUUGUUGAUGGCAAUGUUGGUGACAUACUCUCAUGGAUGUCGGCGGAAAAGCUUAACUUGGUUAAGGUGACUUGUAACAAUAAUGUAAUGGAUAUUAGAGAUACAAAUAUUCCUACUAAUAAUGCAACAAAUGUUACGGAUAAUGAUGAUGGUGUACAGUCCAUACACUCAGAAAUUGUUGACAAGUACCCAAUUUUUGACGGGAUUGGAAAAUUUAAAGGGGUUGAAGUUAAACUACAUAUUGAUCCAACUGUAAAACCCACACAGCGAAAACACAGAAGGAUUCCAUUUCACAUAAGAAAAGAUGUAGAUAAGGAGUUAAAUAGAUUGAUGGAUUUGGAUAUAAUCGAAAAGGUAGAAGGUCCAACACCCUGGGCAAGCCCAAUCUUCGUUGUACCAAAAGGCAAUGGGUCUAUAAGAAUCUGUGUUGAUAUGAGACAGGUUAAUAAGGCGAUUCUCAGAGAACGUCACCCAAUCCCCACAUUAGAUGACAUAGUAAGUGACCUUAAUGGUGCCACUGUGUAUAGUAAAUUAGAUUUACGAUCAGGUUACCAUCAGUUACCCCUCCACGAGGAUUCUAGAUUUCUUACUACCUUUACCACUCUUUCCGGUCUAUAUAGAUAUAAAAGGUUGAUAUUUGGUGUCAAUGCAGCUUCAGAAAUUUUCUCAGCUGAAGUAGGAAAACUGUUGUACGGGCUUAAAGGCUGUAAAAAUAUCUCGGACGACAUUGUUAUAUUUGGACGAAAUGAACAAGAACACGAUGAAAAUUUGAAAGCGCGACCUUAG